UUUAAAUAUCCAAUUCCACUAAUGUUGAGUUCCAAAAAAAACCUAAUCACCUAACAACCGAAUCGAAAUGAUGUCAUCGCAGUUGGAGCAGGAAAUUUUAAAAACUGCCACGUUGGCCGUUGAAUGCGAUCGCAGUGGAGAUUAUGAAGCUGCCAUUAAAUAUUACACGGAGACAACGAAAUUGUUACAAGAAAGCCAUUCAGCGAACCUCAUGUCUCAAAUCACAGAAUAUGAAAAUAGAUGUUCUCAACUCAAAAGCAUAAUUUCAAGCCAAAAAAAUGACAUGCAUGUGGAAAUUAACAAGAAAAUAGCCAAAGCCAAAUCAUUGAUGCUAAAAGCCAUUGAAAUGGAAGAGAGUAAGAAAGAUGAUGAGGCAUUUGAGCUGUACAUGCAGUCUGCUGAGUUCUGCCUCUCUUUGCAAGCUCAAGUCAGCAACGACGAUGAUCUGUCUAUGAAAUUGAGACAGCUUGCUCUUCAGUCUACAGAGAGAGCAGAACUUAUAAAAUUUGCAAAAAAUAAUCUUCAACAACAUCAACUGCAAGAGAAAACUUCAACAACGACAACAACCUCAUCAACAAAUUUGAAGCCAUUAGGAUUUUCUUUAAGAGAUUCAAGUCCAAAUAAAAGUACUAGCAGCAGUAGUGGCUAUAGUAACAGUGGUGGUGGUGGUGGUGGUGGUGGCGGCGGUGGUGGGAGCUACACCAAAGAAGAGAGGACGUCAUGUAUUAAUGGCAGGAGUUAUGUACCAUUCAUGGCUGAUGAUUAUAAGGAAAAGUUUAAUUACCCUGUUCCUUUCACAGACAAGGAUGGCUACUUGAAACUUUCCCCUAAGCAGAGAUCCAACUUCGGAAAGUGGAUUAGGGCGAGUGAGUUGUCCCUGGACCCCAAAAUGGUCGUCUCGAUAUCCUGUUUCAACAUUAGGCAGACGAUAGUAUCUGACUGUUCGUUUGUAGCAUCUUUGGCCAUUUCUGCACAGUACGAGAAGAAAUUUAACAAGCGACUCAUCACGGGGAUCAUUUAUCCACAGAGCAGGAAUGGCGAUCCUGUAUUCAAUGAUUCGGGCAAGUAUAUGGUCAAGCUUCAUUUAAAUGGCGUCAUCAGAAAAAUAAUAAUAGAUGACUACCUGCCAUUGGGCAGUGACGGUCGACUGCUGUGCUCGUAUUCUAAUAAUAGCAACGAGAUGUGGGUCUCGCUGAUGGAGAAAGCGUACAUGAAGGUCAUGGGGGGUUACGAUUUUCCCGGAUCCAACUCAAACAUCGACCUCCACGCCCUGACCGGAAUAUUCUGGAUUGAUUAUGAUAGUCUGAAGAAAUUUUUUGACGUCAUCUACGUGAACUGGAACCCCGGCGUCUUCUCACACACGACCUGUCUGCAUGAAACGUGGCACGCGAAAACCGGCCCUCAAAAAGACAGCUACACGAUGGGGGACAACCCGCAAUACAAAUUAGAAGUUCGGGCCGGUGACUCGGGUGGCGGGGUUUGGGUUCUUCUAACUCGGCACAUCACUGAUAAGGAUGAUUUCGCCGAUAAUAAAGAGUUUAUAACUUUAUUAGUGUAUAAGAAUGAAGGAAAGAAAGUUUAUUAUCCAUCUGAUCCUCCACCUUUCAUUGACGGAGUGAGGAUCAACAGUCCCCACUAUUUGUGCCGCAUGACAGUCUCAAAAGGCCUGCACCAGUUCACACUGGUCGUCUCACAAUACGAGAAGAACAACACCAUCAACUAUACGAUCAGGACAUACGCAACUACUCAGUUCUCUCUGAGGAAAAUAAUCGAACGCUACGAAAAACGCUAUGAAAAAUCGGUGACUGGUGAAUGGAAGGGGAGAAGUGCAGGUGGCUGUCGGAAUCAUCAGACCUUCGUCAAUAAUCCUGUCUUUCAGUUGAACAUUGACAACAAGUUUAUAGAUAACAACAUUCUCAUUGAGUUGAAGGCUCCCAGGAAUUACAACAUAAGAUUUGAGGUAACGUCGGUGACGUCAAACGUUCCCUCCUCCACUAAUCCAAAUGGUACAUUCCAACGAAAAGUAACAGGAGAUUACAGAAGAGGCUACUGUUACAUGGAACUAACCAACUUAACUGGAGGGGUGUACAACAUUCAACCUUCUACUUAUGAACCUGGACAAGAAGGACAUUUCUUUCUUGAUGUAUCAUCUUCGUGUCAAAUUGCUCUUAACCGAGUUUCUUGAGUUUGCGUCUAACUUUAUUUUUCUUACAUUUAACGUUAUUUAUUUGUUUUUUUAAUUUCGUUUUUUACUCAGUGGUGCCUAAUAAAUGUUUGAAAUGAUUGUGGGUUUGUCAAAGUUUUGAAAAAUCGGUUUGGAAUCUAUAUUCUUGGUUUGUGCUACAUUUAAAAUUUAAAUAGUUUGUCCACUGUCUUUGUAAACAAGCGAUAAAUAGGGAGUGAAUUAUUUAGUUUAUUAAUAUUUAAAUUUUAUCGCGGUGAUGAAUUAACCUUUUUUUUCGUAAAAAAAACGCCAUGUUGUACCAUAUAUCCAAAUUGAACAGGUUUUUUAAAUUAAUUUGUCAUCUAAUUAAAAAAUUUUUUUUUAAAGUUUAAUUAACAAACUGUGCAUUCCUUUCACAAAAAAAUUAGAAAUAAAAUCUAAUUCCCUGA